AUGCAGAAAACGAAGCCAAACUGCGGCAAAGUGUCCAUUUCUUUUGGCGCAGUGAGGCAGCAUUUAGAAAAUAUUCGUUCUAGACCUAACUGCAACACAUCCACAAUUCGGGCACAUACAAUGCACGAAAUGGAAAGCGAACUCAUGAGUGUCCACAUGUCAGAUGUGCUUUUCACACGAACAGUUGCAAAGAAUAUAGAAAACACUGAAAAACGCACGGCAAACGAUUUAUUUACGAAUGUAAAGAACCCAAUUGUAGAAAACAGUACAAUCAUAGCACAUCAUUUUACUCUCACAAGGAAAAACAUCAACCUAAACCUCAAUGCGAAAAUUGCACAAAUCCUUCAGCCGCAAGUACAACUUGAAAAGACACAUGAAACGAUAUGCUUUAUAACUUCUCGUUAG